AUGGAGCGCGAAGACAUUACUGCUCCUUCGCUAUUAGCCACGUCAAGCGGUAGACACCAAUUGCAAUACCAAGUCCGGAUUUUGGUCAAUGGAGUGGCGGCAAGCACGGUUCAAGCUAUAUUGGCGUCUAGUGUGGCUUGUACGGUCACAUCCGUGUCUCGUGGGUGCCCACUCGGCUCGGAGGCAUAUGAUUCCAACUUUUUCGUGGCAACUUUUGACAUGGUGUCAUGUCCCGAGCAACUCAAGCUGGUAACGCACAUCGCAACAUCCGAAACGGAGAUCUUUUUCCACCAUUUUCGUCACUUUCAACGCGUUCCCUGUUUUUCCUGCUAUUCGCCAUAUCACUCGAGUGCUAAGUGUGGUGGACGCAAAGGCGCUUUUCAAAUUCAGCAUCACCGAGAAUUUACUGGUAUUCCAAUAGCUCCUCCUCACGUCAGUGGGUUGACUUUUAACCACUUGGACGUUGCCGGUCGCCUGCAGCAUGUCUCUGGACUGGCGGAUACUUUGGUGGCAACCACGGCGAAAUUAAAGGCUGAUGGCGACAAGGCCCCACUGUUAAGUGAGGUCUCGCAGGUACCUCCUUGUGCUGGGCAGUCGUCAGUUCCGAACACGUCUCCGCUUGCCGGUGGACAGGCCGUUCGGGGCGGGGCUACUCGCGUCAGUGGUCCAAUGACGAACGAGUGGUUCGAUCCUGGAGCGAACAAGAAAAAGAGGGAUGUGCGCCCCGCAGAUGUUUCGGCUAGUCGGGCAACAGGACCUGCUGUGAAGCUACCCAAGCAUCUGCAGUUCAACAAAGAUGGAGGUGCAAGAAAGUCACCACUCCCGAAGUCGAAGGCUGUUGCCCAAACUAUUUCCACGAACACGGUCGCUGACAAAAAGAAACCACCUCAACAGACUAAUGCAACUGUUCGUCAAAAAGGGCAAUCGACCACGGUCCAUUCUUCGCCACCACCCUCCGCUUCUUCGAAGGCGGACACCCAGCGCACGCUGGCGAUUCGGGAACUGGACCACAUAUUGAGUGGUGCUCAUGAGGAAGUUGCAGAACCUGCACCGAUUGAUCCGGGGGUCGAUUCGGCGCUGCCUUCGACGAAUUUAAAAGAGGCGACCCUUGAGGCCGUUCGAUCGCAAGUAGCAACCGCACAAAAAACGGUCGAGGAACUUAAUUUAGCAGCCGAAGAGAAGCAGCGCGCGGCAGACACCACGAAAUCAUGCUACUUUGCGGCUCACGCUCAGGCACUCGAAGUGGCUAUUGCUACUGAGAAAACGAGUAAUAGAGAACCUACUUCUCCUGAAGAAGUCAGUGAGGAAUUGCUGAGGAUGGAGUACGAAUACCGCACCGCAGGUGCGACGGCGAACCGAGCGAAUGCGGAUGCAACGAUAGCAGCGAAAACCCUCGAAACACUGACACGUAGGUUGGCGAAGAUUACACCGAAACCGGAGCCUGUGACCGAAGAUACGGCCCCGCAAGAUGAUACACCACCUCGCGAGAUGCCUACGGAGAUGGCAGCAAGAAGUAGAGAGCGGAGUCGGUCCAUGAUACAACGCUUGUUGGCUUCGUAUGUGCGCCGCAAACGGGGUGUACCAAGUGAGCCGAUCGAUAAACCUCUUGGUACGGUACCUACCGCGAAGGCGCCUCGUGAUCCGGGUCCACCGGAUCUACCGCCGAUGUGCCCCCCAGAAUCGGACGGGCAGCGUCCCCAAGAUCUCGAUGUUACUAUGGCGGAGAGCACGGUUACGUUCGGGAACACUAUGUGCUUGAAUGAUUUAAAUGGAGGGGCAGUUACUCCGCCUCCGUGCCGCUAG